AUGGAUAUACCCACACCCCCAGAAGAUCAAGAGCUGAAGAAUGUCAUCGACAAGCUGGCCCAGUUUGUUGCUCGAAAUGGGCCAGAGUUUGAGAAGAUGACGAUGGAGAAACAGAAGGAUAAUCUCAAAUUCUCCUUUCUGUUUGGAGGGGAAUACUUCAGCUACUACAAGUGCAAGCUUGCUAUGGAGCAUCAGCAGCAUCCCUCUACCCACGAUGGUGAGGAGUAUAAAUGUGAAGACCUAUACAACCCAGGAGCCAAGGACGUCAUUGAUGUCCCUCCACCAAUGCCCAUCAUUGCCCCGCCCCCGAUCCUAGCUCCGCCCACGCCCGUUCUUGAGGAGCUCAUCCAGCAGAGCCAGUGGAACCUUCAGCAGCAGGAGCAGCACCUACUCACACUCCGUCAGGAGCAAGUGUCGGCAGCCAUUGCCCUUGCGGUGGAGCAGCAGACCCAGAAGCUGCUGAUGGAGACCCAGCUUGAUGUCACCGAAUUUGACAACCUGCUGCAGCCCAUCAUCGACACCUGCACCAAAGAUGCUAUCUCGGCUGGUAAGAACUGGAUGUUCACCAAUGCCAAGGGCCCACUACACUGCGACCUGAUGACCUCACACCUCCGCAACCGCAUCACCGCAGACUCUGCCCACUUCGAGCUCCGCCUGCAUCUCAUCUAUCUGACCAAUGACGUCCUCCAUCACUGCCAGCGGAAGCAGCAGCGUGACUUGCUUGCGGCGCUGCAGAAGGUGGUGGUGCCCAUUUACUGCACUAGCUUCCUGGCUGUGGAAGAGGACAAGCAGCAGAAGAUCACCAGGUUGUUGCAACUGUGGGAGAAGAAUGGCUACUUUGAUGACGUGACAAUUCAACAGCUGAAGAGCCCAGCACUAGGCCUUGGACAGUACCAGGCGUCCCUGAUCACGGAGUACGCCGCGGCGGUGCAGCCGGUCCAGCUGGCCUUCCAGCAGCAGAUCCAGGCGCUGAAGGCGCAGCACGAGGAGUACGUGUCCAGCGUGAAGCAGCAGGCCGCGGCGGCCUCCGCCCAGCUGCCCGGCCCCCCGGGUCAGCCUCCCGCCCCGGGCGAUGGCGAGCAGGCUCUGCCCAUGACCGCGCAGGCCGGUGACGGGAAAGGCCCCAGCGCCGCCCUUCCUCCAGGGGACUAUGAGGGGCCAUCUAGGCCCUCCGACCCCGGCAACCCUUCAGGACCUACUGACAUUUCCUCUUCCAAGCCCGGCUGGUUCGACCCCCAGCACUUGGGCCAAUGGAACCCCAAGCAGCCGCCCCCCUUUGACCCCAACCAGCCCCCACCCCCAUGCCCCCCCUGGAGCGGCCACGACGGCAUGUGGAACGAGGGGAGGGACCAGGGCUCAUGGAGCGGAGGCCCUCCCAGGGAAAGCGGGCCGUGGAGCGGGCCCGGCGGCUCGGACCAGGGCCCCCCCUCGUGGAACUCCCAGUAUGACCAGCAGCCGCCGUGGGGCAACCAGCAAGACCAGCCCCCGCCCUGGGGCCAGAGGGAGCCACCGUUCCCCCCCCGCAUGCAGAGACCCCCGCACUUCAGAGGGCCCUUCCCCCCCCACCAGCAACCCCCUCCCUUCAACCAACCCCCCCCGCCCCACCACGGCUUCGGCCGCUUCCCGCCCCGCUUCAUGCAGGACGACUUCCCCCCGAGGCACCACUUCGACCGGCCGCCGUACCCCCCGCACCACUUUGACUACCCCCAGGGAGACUACCCGCAGGGGGACUACCCCCAGGGAGACUACCCCGGAGCGGAGCACCCAGACAUGGGUCCCCCACCCCACCACCACUCCAAUCAGAGGCUCCCUCCCCCGGGUAUGGGCGCAGAUCACCCUCCCUGGGGGGCCAACCAGCACCAAGACUUUGGCCCACCGCCCCACGGCUUCAACGGACAGUCACCCCACAUGCGCCACCGGCAGCAGCAGCAGCAGCAGCAACAGCAGCAGCCACCACAACAGCAGCAGCAGCAGCAGCAGCAGCAACAGCAGCAGCAGCCGCCGCCACAGCAGCAAGCCCCCCAGCCAGCCCAAGACGACCCCAGUCUGGUCCCCAAUGUCCCCUACUUUGACCUGCCGGCUGGACUCAUGGCUCCACUUGUUAAGCUGGAAGACAACGACUACAAGGCCCUGGACCCCAAAGACAUCCGGUUGCCCCCUCCAAUGCCUCCAAGCGACAGACUGCUGGCUGCCGUGGAGGCCUUCUACAGCCCCCCGUCCCACGACAGGCCCCGCAACAGCGAGGGCUGGGAGCAGAACGGCCUGUAUGAGUUCUUCAGAGCCAAGAUGAGAGCCCGGAGGAAGAAGGGCCAGGAGAAACGCAGCAGUGGACGCGUGGGCACCGGCAGCCGGUCCAGGAGUCGCUCUCGGAGCAGGGGAAGGUCCUCGUCCCACUCCAGCUCCCACUCCCGCUCCCAGUCCUCCAAGUCUUCCCGCUCCAGGUCCCGCUCGUCACACUCACGAAGCCGGUCGCGCUCAUACUCGCGCUCCAGGUCUAGGAGCCAGUCCAGGUCAUCCAGAAGCCGCUCUCGGUCCAGGUCGCGAUCCCGCUCUCGCACGCCCACCAAGAAGCGUCCUCGCGGGGAGAAGGCCGGCAGUACCUCCCCUCCCGCCACAUCCUCCACAUCUGCCGCAGCACCUGCCGCUCCUCCGAUUCCACCCGACCCCCGGCUAGGAGAGGAGAACAAGGGCCACCAGCUGCUCAUGAAGAUGGGCUGGAGUGGCUCAGGAGGCCUGGGAGCCAAAGAGCAGGGCAUCCAGGACCCGAUCAAGGGGGGCGACAUCAGAGACAAAUGGGACCAGUACAAGGGUGUGGGGGUGUCACUGGACGACCCCUACGAGAACUACCGGAGGAACAAGAGCUACAACUUUGUGGCUCGCAUGAAGGCACGGGAGGAAGUCAAUCGGGAUGCACCGGAGGCCCCCCCCGCUGAAUGACAUCCCACGACCAACCCAACGGAUGACACCCAAACAGUUUCUCCUUUUCUUUUUUUUAAAAAAAGGUCACCAGACCAAAAUUAGUUUUAGAAAUAAGGUAUCAUUGUGAUUCAAAGGUGUUGUAAUAAUAAACGUAGGUUGUCCUACUUGAAACAUGUCAUCUUCUGAUUGUAUUUGCACACCUUCUUGAAGCCCCUUCUAGAAUCCACAGAUUUACUGUGUCGUCGUUUCUAGAAGGUGUUUUGUAUGACUGAAGCUUUGAGAAAAGCUCAACACUGACAGGCUUUCAUGACACACAGCUUCACGCAAACUUGACGUUGAGGUGCGAAUAUUUCCACUCGCUCCUGAGGUUCUCUUCACGGCAUUCACGUUGCUGGCAUCACACGCUGAGAAAUUUGCGUCAAUUUUUGUCUUUGAUUUGACUUUGUAAGCUGGGCCAAUAUUACUUUUUGGCCUGACUUCUUAAGUAAGGCCGACAAGAUUCUUGAGUCCUACCGUACCGUUUGCAGUGGGAUAUUAGGUAUAGAAAGUAAUUAUUUUGAAAUUGACCUUAUGUCGUGUACCAAUUGAUAAAGCCAUAUGGGUGCAGAUAUAGUGAUGAAUAACAUGAUAUAAUAGGCCAAAAUAUGGAAUUAACUUGCAUCAUAAAAAGGAAAGAUAUAUGUACACAUUUACAUUGUAUAAAAACAAUGUAAAUGGCUUUUUCAUUCUCACAUCUAAAAUUGUAUAUUAUAACCAAAGGAUCGAAGCAAUGAGUUGGCCUACUUUGAAUGCAGGGAUGCGUUGUUCCAGGGAGUUUAUAAUACAGAUUUAUAUAACAUAUAUAUACCAUUCAUUUGAAUGACUAAGCAAUGCAGAAAACCUUUCGAACCUUCUUAGACUAUUGAACAUUUUCUACUUAGCUGACUGUCGGAUACUUACUAUUUAAUAUUGGAGAUUAAUAUUUGUGUGUAGUGGGGAAUAUAACAGUUGGACAUACUGGGGAUGAGAUUAAUAUGAAUACGUAUAAAAAGCCUAGAAGAUUUGAUAACUCAUUAAAAAAAUUAUGCAUAUAUGAUGCAUUGAUAUAGAAAAUUACAAUUAUGGUUUUUAAUAUGGAAACCCAUAUUUUGUCGGAGAAUAUCUGAGCCU